AUGUACUGCAGAUUGCUGGAAACGUCAUGCGAGUGUUUGGCCGAUGUAUCCACUGCUAGUGGUAACUUGGCCGCUGAGUGGGUCAAGGAUGAGCAGUCAACAAUGUGCGCUGAGUGCUGUGCGGAAUUCACCGUCCUUAAUCGAAGACACCACUGUCGGGCCUGUGGGAAGGUGUUUUGUGGCUCUUGCUCUGACUACCGUGCACCAAUCGCGUUUCUCGGUGGUAAACUGCAAAGAGUAUGCACCGUGGAUUAUUAUCUCAUUAACAAUGAACUGAAGCCACCGACCCCGGCGAUCAUGGAAGGAAUGCUACGACGCUCUCAAAAGUGGCGGUCACCAGGCUCGCCAAUUUUCCCCAGUUUCGCGCAACUUCGUCGCAGACUCCAUCAAGGAGUGUUCCCAUCUGGAAACUCACAAUGCGGGCGCUGAUUUGCUGUAUGUUGGAAAAUCAUUUGACCUGGAUUAUGCGGACGGUAUCGUCCAGCUGCUUGACAAACCCGAGACAGCACGGUCAUUUCUGGAUAAUUCUUUUGGAGCUGUGCAUUCACUGGCAUUUGGCUCACGCCUUCAAAGUGUAGACUGUUGUUGUAUGACCACCAGCCUUUCGAUAACUCUUCGACUGUUGACAAUAGGAAAUUAAAAGUAG